AUGGCUGAUACGGAUCGCGGCGCACUGAAGGCCUUAUUUCGUUCGACCGGCGGGGUCAGAUGGAAGAGGAAGGACAACUGGGACACAGCCGCUGACCUACAUGUCGCAACGUGGUUAGGAGUCGAAGUCAACCACCAGGGCCGCGUGAUGAAGCUUUCCCUCGAUAAGAACAAUCUCCAAGGGCCUAUGCCUGCGGAACUGGGAGCUCUUGCCGAGCUGAAGGAGCUUUGGCUACAUAUCAACAAACUUGAAGGUCCCAUCACGCCGGAACUAGGAAGCCUCGCGACCCUCAGGCUCCUCUACCUCGGGGGAAAUCAACUUUGCGGAUGUAUUCCCGGGGCGCUAGGAUUUCUCAGCAACUUGGAAGUUCUUCGACUCGAAAACAACCAGCUUUCCGGUCCCAUUCCGCAGGAGCUGGGGAAACUCACAGCUUUGCGCUACCUCAACCUGUCAGAAAACAAGCUCAGCGGGCCCAUCCCCAAGGAGCUGGGAGCCCUCACCGACCUGAAGAGGAUUGUGCUGUUCGAUAACCAACUUACAGCUCUCUGGGACCACACCCACUACCUACAAGAUAUCGUCCACGAAGAAGGAGCUCACGGGAUGUCAGGUGGGCGGAUUCCUAGCCAGCUGUGCCGAUUGCUUGACGUCCUGGAUCGUGCAGAGGGAGGGGUCCUCAGUCUCGAGGAUAACCCAUGGGCUGAGCCUCCAGAGUCCAUCGUGGCCAAAGGCCCAAAGAGUAUCAGAGGGUAUUUUGAAGAUCUCUAUGCCGAACCCUGUCGGGUCGAGCGCAGCAGCGUCAAGGUCAUUCUUGUGGGACAGGAAGGUGCAGGGAAGACAAGUCUGCGCCAGAGCAUGAAGACCAAUGAAGCAACUCCUACGGGCGAUUGGAAGGAGGAGAGCACAGUUUUCGCUGACGUGGAGCCCAUGGAACUCGAAGGUUCAUCCGUUCGAGUGUACGAUUGCGCUGGACAGGCCGCCUACACCGGGUUGCUGCAAAUGUUCCUGACGCCACGGUCGGUCUGCGUGCUAGUGUGCAACGCGGAGGCUUUCGGACAGCAGCGAGCUAACGACACCGGUGGUCAGAUUAUGGAAGACUGUCGCAAGCUGGAAGAACUGCGAGUCUGCGAGUGGCUACGAUCUAUCGCUCGCCGCGUUCCCGACAACGACGCCAUCCUGGUGGCCACGAAGUGUGAUCUGGUGGGCGGGAACGCCGCGGAGGUUGGCAGAAGAAUGGAGCAGGCCUGUCGAAUGUGGCUUGCGAGCUGGGUACGCAAUGGUAUGCAGCCCGUUCGUUUGGAGCACGGUGUUGGCCUCACGAGCUGCCGGCCUACAAGAUUUGGUGAGCAUGGCGAGAGGGGCACUGCCAACCACACGGUAGAGGGCGGCUGGGUGUGCGACUGGCGAGGCCAUAUUGGUGAUGACUCCGCGCCCGGUUUGCUCCACCGGCUCGUCAACAAGCCCGACGGGGGUGGUCUUCGAGGAACGCAGUUGGUGCUUCCUCGCAGCUGGGACAUUGCCCUCACAGUCCUUGAAGCUCUGGAGAGUGGACGAGAUCCCGUGGAGGUUGUAAUGCACAAGUUGGGCAACGUUGGCCGAGGAGACGCUGCGGAAAUGACAGCAGCCAAUGCAGGAGGGUAUCAGGGGAUCACGGUUGAAGACCUCAUCGCCAAGUGGCUGGAGACAGUUGAUGAGCUUGCGAGAAGAGAGAUCACGGUCACGAGCGCCAAGAACGCGUUAGAAGGAGCUCUUUCGAUCAGGGAGUUCGAUGGAUCCCUCGUUCGCCAUGAGACAUUUGUCUUUCUGGACGUCGUUUGGCUAGCCAGAAUCCUCAAGCCCUUGCUCAACCACAAGGAUGAAGAGAGCUUCGACGGGCUUGUGAAUCUUGGGGACACAGGCGACACGCGUGUCACCCUCGAGGACCCGUUAGACAUCGUUUCGUGGUUCAGGCUCAAGAACGAGGGAGUGAUAGAACCCAGAUUGGCGUGUGCAUUGUGGCCUGAUGGCCUGUCCGAGCACGUUCUCCCCACCCUUGCAUCAUUGGGUCUCACGUUCCCGCUCGAAAACGACCCUGCUGAGGGCCUGGUAGUCCUGCUAAGGCAAAAACCAGACUGCCCCGAGAGUGUGGGCAAAGUGAUCGACACAUUCUGCUCGGAACACAUCCCGGCAUUCAGCGCAAGUUGGAAGAUCUUCCUUGGUGUACCGCCUGGUGCAAUAGAAAAGGUGUUGACGCGGUGCUGCAAUCUCGGUGGCGUGCGAACAUUCUGGCGGUCUGCGGUGUUUGUGCAUGGCGGUCACGGCUACCAAGGCGGGCACGAGAUGUUUGCCGUGGUCUUGGAGUACUCAUCCGCCAACAACGAACUUACUGCCAAGAUUUUCGGCGACAUCAGCACUCCAACUCCGUGGAUGGCACUUUCAUAUGUCAUGUCUGCUGUGAGUUUGAUGAUGCGGGAUUUCCCAGGUCUACGCUCGAGAGGCUCUCUGAAAUGUCCUCAGCAUGGCGACGCGAUGCUGUUGGCGACCAAGGUACCUCGCCCUGGAGACAAGUUUCUGGAAGGCAGUAGAUGCCCACAAUGCAGCGCCGACACCAGAGGACUCGGGGCUGCAGCUAUCGAUCUCGUGCGGAUGGUCGACAUCCGAUUAGACCGAGACGAGAUUUUCCACGAGGUGAAGGAGAGGUUCGUCGACCUGGAGGGUCGGUACUCCUUCUCCAGCCCUGCGGGUAGCUCCAAGGGGGAGAACUUGUUGAUUCAAAAGAUCGAUGGCGUGGCGAUAGCCGUACACGGAGGGUUCAACGAGAUGAAGGGAGAAGCUAACGGUAUUAGGGCCGGGUUGGGAGACGUGAAGGGCGAGAUAAGGGGAGGCUUUCACGAGAUGAAGGAGGGGUUGCGUGACGUUCAGGUAGAGGUGAGGGGGGGUUUCGAAGACACCAAGGCCGAAUUGGGUGACGUGAAGGGCGAAUUAAAAGGAGGGGUUGUGGAGAUGAAGGCCGGCUUGCGUCAUGUUGAGGACGAGGUGAAGGGAGGGUUGGGCAUGUUGAAAGGAAGGCUGGAGAACGUGUUCAAGAACACCCAGGAAAUCCUUAUGCGCCUCAAGAACUUGCAGGCCCCGAACUACCUAUACCCUCGCCUUGUGGCAGUGGAGGAAGUUGCAUCUGGUAGCACGCCGUCGAGGGCUCAUGGGAUGAAGAGGGUGCUGAGCAAGCUUCGUGGCGUAGGGAAGAAGGAGAUGGUGCUGCACUUCUUAUGCCCGGUCGACAUGACCAAGGUGCCGUGCGGCUACGGUGGUGAAGGCUAUCGGUUUCGGGAGACGCGUGGCUGGGUCAAGAAAAUAUCGCCUGUGCUGCAGGUGGCCGUGGUGACCGCGAAGGUGGCGCUGAACGCAACGGCAGGACUGAACGUGAACAUCUCGGAAUUCCUGAAGGAUGUGAAGGACGGGUUGGCCGAUGAGCUGGUUGACCGGUCUCUCGACGAGGACGCGCUACUUCGUGUUGUGUCGGGUGAGGAGGAUGUCGAUGCCGACAUGCAAAAUGAUACAAGGGCCUCGUAUGAAGCACUGAAGAAGCUCAUGGACAAGGAGCAGGUUGGCAGGCUUAAGAACGCCAGGGAUGGCGAUGGCUACAUAGACUUCAGGGACAAAAUGAAGCGUGUUCCGGACGGAAGGGGGGGGAUGGUGUGGGUUCGAAAUGAAAACGUUCAAAGGUGGUUGGACUCACAUUCGAACACCGCCCCAUCGAGGUAG